CCGGAGCGUAACUCGACGGCUAAUUACGCGGUUUCUGAACAAGUCGAGAUGCAAAGUGACUCCGCUCGCCAGGCUUUGCCUUUGUGGCUCCAGCGUCGGUUUCGCCUAAAUAUUUCAAGAACGCAGAUUGUUGUGGACGACGACGAAACUAGAAGGCAAUCGCAAAAGCUGCAUCAAGCUCACUAUACAACAAGUAAGGGAGAAGAGAAUCAAGAAGUAGAGGUCGCGCCCAGGCGAAGUGUGUUGUGGUGCAACACAGCUGCUGCGCCUCUGGCUCUUCCUUGCGGUCUGCUUUCGUUGAUUUUGCACUUGCUUGAUGAGGAGUACUACAGGAUCUCUAUCGAUUGGGAUGGUCGCGUUGGAGGUGACUUCCGUUCUACUGGAAUGUCAUCAAGAAGAAGUAACUUAUCCUGCUCUGGUGCAAGUGUUGCUGAGCGUGUCCGUGCCCCCGCUGAUCUGUACGCCGUCCUGCGCCUCUGUCGCCGUAAUUUCGCUUCCUUGCCUCAAGUUUCGCGGUCGGCUGCG